AACUGGAACGGUGCAUGCCGGGAUGGGGAGGUUCGGUUUCUGAACAACCCAGAGAAGUAGCUUUUCCCCACCUGACUGCUGUCACUCUGCAGUUCAGAGUCUUUGAAGAUCAAACCAAACUUGAGAGACUGAAGAGAAUAGUCCCUUUUCAUUCCUAACAGACUUCUUGCGGCAAAGUAAUAGGCAGUCUUCCGUUUCCGGUUGCCGUGGUAACUACAGACAAAACAGCCGUGGCGGUUAUGGCCGGCCUGAGCUGCGCGCAGAUCCCCGACGGGGAGUUCACCGCGGUCGUGUACCGGCUCAUCCGCGAUGCCCGCUACGCCGAGGCAGUGCAGCUGCUGGGCCGAGAGCCUCAGCGGAGCGCGCGGAGCCGCGCCGGCCUGUCGUUGCUGGGCUACUGCUACUACCGCCUGCAGGAGUUCGGGCUGGCGGCCGAGUGCUAUGAGCAGCUGGGCCAGCUGCACCCGGAACUCGAGCAGUACCGCCUGUACCAGGCCCAGGCCCUGUACAAGGCCUGCCUUUAUCCGGAGGCCAACCGGGUCGCCUUCCUUCUCCUGGAUAACCCCGCCUACCACAGCCGGGUCCUCCGCCUGCAAGCUGCCAUCAAAUACAGCGAGGGCGAUCUACCAGGGUCCAGGAGCCUGGUGGAGCAGCUGCUGAGUGGGGAAGGGGGUGAAGAUAGUGGAGUCGAGAAUGAGACAGAUGGCCAGGUCAACCUGGGUUGUUUGCUCUACAAGGAGGGACAGUAUGAAGCUGCGUGCUCCAAGUUUUUUGCGGCCCUGCAGGCCUCGGGCUACCAACCUGACCUCUCCUACAACCUGGCUUUGGCUUAUUACAGCAGCCGGCAGUAUGCCUCAGCGCUGAAGCAUAUCGCUGAGAUUAUUGAGCGUGGCAUCCGCCAGCAUCCUGAGCUAGGUGUGGGCAUGACCACUGAGGGCAUUGAUGUUCGCAGUGUUGGCAACACCUUAGUCCUCCACCAGACUGCUUUGGUGGAAGCCUUCAACCUUAAGGCAGCCAUAGAAUACCAGUUGAGAAACUGUGAGGCAGCUCAAGAAGCCCUCACUGACAUGCCACCCAGGGCAGAGGAAGAGUUGGACCCUGUGACUCUGCACAACCAGGCACUAAUGAACAUGGAUGCCAGGCCUACAGAAGGGUUUGAAAAGCUACAGUUUUUGCUCCAGCAGAAUCCCUUUCCCCCAGAGACUUUUGGCAACCUGUUGCUGCUCUACUGUAAAUACGAGUAUUUUGACCUUGCAGCAGAUGUCCUGGCAGAAAAUGCCCAUUUGACUUAUAAGUUCCUCACACCCUAUCUCUAUGACUUCUUGGAUGCCAUGAUCACUUGCCAGACAGCUCCUGAAGAGGCUUUCCUUAAGCUUGAUGGGCUAGCAGGGAUGCUGACUGAGGUCCUCCGGAAACUCACCAUACAAGUACAGGAAGCAAGACACAAUAGAGAUGAUGAAGCUGUCAAAAAGGCAGUGAAUGAAUAUGAUGAAACCCUGGAGAAGUAUAUUCCCGUGUUGAUGGCUCAGGCAAAAAUCUACUGGAACCUUGAAAAUUAUGCAAUGGUGGAGAAGAUCUUCCGCAAAUCUGUGGAAUUCUGUAAUGACCAUGAUGUGUGGAAGCUGAAUGUGGCUCACGUUCUGUUCAUGCAGGAAAACAAAUACAGAGAAGCCAUUGGUUUCUAUGAACCCAUAGUUAAGAAGCAUUAUGAUAACAUUCUGAGUGUCAGUGCUAUCGUACUGGCUAAUCUCUGUGUUUCCUAUAUUAUGACAAGUCAAAAUGAAGAAGCAGAGGAGUUGAUGAGGAAGAUUGAAAAGGAGGAAGAGCAGCUCUCUUAUGAUGACCCAGAUAAGAAAAUGUACCAUCUCUGCAUUGUGAAUUUGGUGAUAGGAACUCUUUAUUGCGCCAAAGGAAACUAUGAGUUUGGUAUUUCUCGAGUUAUCAAAAGUUUGGAGCCUUAUAAUAAAAAACUGGGAACAGAUACCUGGUAUUAUGCCAAAAGAUGCUUCCUGUCCCUGUUAGAAAACAUGUCAAAACACACAAUGAUGGUUCAUGACAAUGUUAUUCAAGAAUGUGUCCAGUUUCUAGAACACUGUGAACUUCAUGGCAGAAACAUACCUGCUGUUAUUGAGCAACCCCUGGAAGAAGAAAGAAUGCAUGUUGGAAAGAAUACAGUCACAUAUGAGUCUAGGCAGUUAAAAGCUUUGAUUUGUGAGAUUAUAGGAUGGAAUAUAUAGUAAUAGCUGAUAAUGGCAUUUAUCAAAUGGUUUAUUAUGUAAAUUUGCAUUGCUUUAACUUUUGGCAUCUUUAUAUUUGUUACAUGUUGAGCUUUGUACAUUUACACAUUAUAAAAAAAAUAAGCAGCUAAAACUUUUGCUGCUGAUAAAUUUCCCACAAAGUGAAUAUUCUAAGAACUUUUACCCCAGAAGGAGUUAGGAAAAAUUCCAAACUUAGGAGAGAUGUUUCUAUCAGAAGUUGUAAUGACUUUGUUUCCUUUGUUAUCUUUUGUGCUCUGAUGUAGCUUGAGGGGCCUUUGCACAAGGAUUACCUCUUUCAGGGGCCAAGCAGUAUCUCAGUAGUAGUUAAGAGCAGUCUUUAAUCAUUUCAGGGAUUGUGUGUUCUAUUCUGGCAAUUUACUCUCACAUUAAUUUGUAAUGCAUGCUUUUUAUAUAGACUUUAGGAUAUUUUGGCAGUGUUUUCUAUUAUGGAUAUAAUGCUUUACCUAAUCAAAAUUCCUUAGGUUGUAAGUGUUUAUUUUUUUAACAAGCAAAAGUCAGUAAAAAAUUUUGUUGCCUUAACAAAAUUAUGGUGCUAUAAUGUAGAGACAAUGAACAAUUAUCAAAGAACAAUUUUCCCUGGUUUUCUUUUGCUCCCUUUAAUACAUAUAUGAACAAAAUACACUGUUACUAUUUUCCAUAAUAACUUUUAAAAUAUUUAUCUCUGUGACAAAUAACAGAGGUAUCCUGAGAAUUCAGGGGUUUGGUUGUUUGUUUAAGAGACAGAGGUUUUAUUAUGGUUGGUGCCCAGGCUGGUAUCUAACUCCUGCACUUAAGCAAUACUCCCACUUCAGCUUCCCAAGUAGCUUGGGACUACUGGCACAAAUCACUGGGUCCAGCUAGAACUCACUUCUUAAUUCCUACCUUUGUGUUUGCAGUUUAGGAUAUGCUGGAUAUACAGUGUUUCCAUGUUGUAACCUCUUGGAUAAGGAAAAAAUCUUGGCCACCAGGCCUGGCCAAAAAUGUCAAUUCUGAGUUGUAACAUUCAUUUCAUGUCCACAACUCCCAAUGGUUUUUUGGAGUUCCCACUGGGAACCACAUAAAUUCUGAUCAGGCGUUUUAUUUUCUGAACCUAAGAAGAGCUUUACUAUUUGAUUUCCCACUCCUCACUUCUCUCGCUCCACAAAAGGUAACUGUCAACCCUAAUUUGACCUGGCUUAGAAAAAUCAAGAGAAUUAGAUUGAAUCAUAUGAAAUUAUUGAUUUUGACAGUUUUUGAUGUACACAACCAGCAGUUUCUUAUGGCUCAAACUAGUAGCUUUCUUCUGAAUGGUAGAGAACUUCUGCCAUAACGAGAUGAUUUUUUUCCUUCAAGGAAAAGGAACCACUUAGCCACAUAGGUACUGAUAAGAAACGUGCUCAACAUAACUCUUCUGUAGCAUGACCUCCUGAGUGUUCAAAUUGUAUUAUACCAGGAAAUUUGGCCUCUUGUGAAGUUCAAUCAUUUUGAAUUUAUGGCAUUUUAAAUCUUAAUUAUCUGAGCUGCUAUCAUUUACCACUGAUGCUUUAGUCUCAGUGGAGGACAAGCUUUGGAGGACAAGCAAUGUUUAGUCACCUCUUCACUGUAUCCCAUAGCACAUUCCAUGUCUGGGAGAUGUUCUUUGUUUAACAACUUCUGUACUAAAAGUGUUGCUGCAUUUCAGCCCCUGUCAAUCUUGGUAGCCCCUUAAGAUUUAGAAAGUAAAUGAACUGAAAUCUUGUUUUCAAUAGCCAUAUUAAAAUUGUUUUUUUUUUUUUUUUUUUCCUAUUUCUUCUAAACCACACUAUUUUCUUUAGGGGAAAAAAAGGCAUAAGUGUAACUAAUGUUAACCAACCAAAAACAAAUGUUUUCCAGAUUUCCUUCUGCAAAUAGCCUGGUCUUUAUUUGGCCACAGUUUGUUUACCCAGGUGCUAUGUGUUUGUGGUUUUCAUGUAUGUGUAAUUUAACUUUUCAGAACAUAAAGCUUUUCAGAAUGGUUUUUAACCACUUGUUGCUGGGCAAUUGGGAUUUCCUGGUUAGUAAUCUAUAAGGAAAUCCUGACUGCUCCCACCACCAUUCAUGAUUCCCACCAUGAAUCAUGACAUUUGUCCCCUUCUUUACCCUGGCUCUCAGAGAAGCACCCACCCAGAUUCAGAUUGCUGCUGGCGACAAUGAGGUCUUAUGAACCGCACAGAGUCAGAAGUCUGGUGCUGAAGCCUGGGAAGACAGGGCAUUCCUAGCUCCCCUGGCACUCGUUGCCCUUAUUUUCAGGAUAUAUAUCUUUAAAACUCAAAGUACCCUGCUUUGCUUUUUGAUUCUAAAAAGCAAAUGACUUGACAAUGACCCCAUAUUUUGCCAUUUGAGUGAAAGCUUCUGUACCUAAAACUCGAAUGAAAAGCUUUGUUCUGUGCUCCUAGAGUAUAUAUAUUAAGUGCUAAAAGUACUUUUCUUGACAAGGAGUUCCUUAUAGAAAUAUAAGGAAUCUUUUAAGAUUUCAUCAUAAUACCUGCAUAGUCUAUUUUAAAGGAAUCAAAUAUUAUUUCAUCUUAGCCCCUUGAUCUCCACAUGGGCACACAUAAAAUAGGAGCAUGUGCUUAUACACAAGUAGUUGUAUUUGUUUUCUCAGGAACAAGAACUUGAUCUUUCUGUGCAGAAAGAUCAGUGACAUGACAUGCCUGUCAAAUUAUUAUUCCUCGUGACAGUCACCCUUUGAAUGUGACCUCAGCUGCAGAACAGAUGUUUGCUCUAAUACCAUCUGUGAAGGUCAGGUGUAGUGGCUAACUCUGACCCAUUCAUGAGAAGCAGACAACUGGGAACUGGGAUCACUGGGUGGGGAUGGAGGUGGGUCAUCUGGCAAUGAGACAGCUGUAAUCAUAGUAGGGGACACUCCUAACCUGAGGGUGUAUGGCCUCAUAGUCUUAGAUGAGCACCUCAGAUGGAAUCCAUACAGAAUCAGUGAUAGGUUUGGCCCAAGGUUAGAAUGAUUUCUCUAGAGAGGGCUAUGGGAUAGAUGCCCAAAUAAAUAUACUUAUUAGGAAAUGUGAGAUUAGAAAGGGUAAAUGGCUUGGAGGGGAAGCUUUAGAAGUGUCUUUCUGAUCCCUCUGCCCCAUAAUCCUCAUCUGGGCUCAUUUUCUCGCUGGUGUCCUGGAGGGUUAGCAGUGUUGGAAGUCUGACUAUAGUUAAGCAGAGUGAGACUGUCUAAACCUAACUUUAAAAAGAUAACAUCACUCAAGAAAGACUUUUCAGGUGAGUAUCAGAAUUUUCAAAUAUAAUUUUUAUGUUUCAUUUUCUUUUUCUUAAUGACCCUUCUUUUUCUUAAUGACCUUGGGUGAUCUGUAUUUCUGAGGGUGUUCUCUGCCACAGAGUAGCUUCCUGGCAUUAGUGUGGCUUGCAGCUCACUCUCCACCAUUCACCAAAUGCCUCUUAUCCCUUGUUGACCUACCUCUGGGACUAAAGUGACAUUUGGGUUUUCUGUAGUUUUCACUUUUGGGGAUAUGCCCUUUGUAAGUCAAACCACAUUUUGUCAUGAGCCAGUAACUCUUGGUUUUUGGUUGUCCAACUACAUAAUCACCAUGACUGUAACCGUCAGAUUCUAAGCUGAUACUUUCAUUCUAGUUAUGAUAUAUACUUUUUGAGUACCCUAAUGUAGCUCAAACCCUUCAGCAGCAACCUGAAUUUUUAAAUUAGUACUUUUAAGAAAUUGUGACUUUCCGAAGAACCUAGAUUGUUGUCUCUAGAGUAUAAUAAAACAUUUAUUUAAUCUCUAACAGUUCUUUGAAUUUCCAGUCUCUCAAUGUAAGACGUAUAACUUAUAGAAAUAGGUUGUCUUAUAUUUUAAAGUGCAGCUCAAAGAGUACAAUAUUAGUUAUAAAAGUGCAGAUUUAUUAACUCCAUCUGAUACAGCACUUCCCUUUAUGAGUUUCAUAUUAAACCCACAAACUUAUCAGUGCAGGAUACUGUGGGUUAAACAUUUACACAGCAAGACAGUAUCUGAGAAAAAAUCCUUUCUGGUACUCUAUGGCAUGUGGUCACAAAGAUAGCAGCUUCUACUCUGUAGUAGGAAGAGACUCCAUUUCUUUACUUGUGCCCUUCUGUAGAGGACAAUAACUAAUAAUCUACUUUAAAAAGAAAUGCUGUGUACAUCAUAGUCAUCCAGCACAAGUAGCCUACAGCAGUGAGGCAGCCAGCACACAGGUACUGGAGUUUGCUACCUGGUUCCACAGCCCUGCAAUGCCACUUCCCAGCUACUAAUGGUGGGUGCUUCUUAACCUAAUUAAACUUCAGUUUCUUUUUCAUGAGUAAAAAGGGGAUGAUACCACUUACUUCACAGAGUUGUUGUGAUAACAAUAGUACCUUCUUGCCUGUCUGGCAAAAAAGGGUGAAUUUAAAAAUUAAUUAUAUAGUAUUCAGCAAAAAAA